AACGCAGUCCUCAGCCUGAACGCGGCACGCAAAUGUUGUAUUUCCAUGCAUACUGUAUACACAAGCUAUUUGACGACAUCUGGGCCAGGUUGCUAGACCUAGCCACUUCUCUUCAACAAUUGUUGAUCCUCAGCCUUUCGCGUCCCCUUGUGAACACGCACAAUAUCAGGGCUUUUCGCUUCGGAAUACCUUGGAUUGUUAAAGUUACCCAACGCACGGUCAGCACAGAAGCGCAUGCUCUCCGCUACCUUCACGCUAUGGGUCUUGGCUUGCCAGUACCUCAGCUCAUUUUCUGUUGCAUCCACCGUGGCAUAACAUACACCGUCAUGACUCUCAUCCCUGGGACAAGCUUGAUGGAUGCGAUUUUAGGUGGAGAUAUGACACCCGACGCCGUCGAAAGUGUCGCACAAGAAGUCGCUGUCGUUCUCAGCAAACUACAGACUUUACGCCAGUCGCCCACUGACGCUGGGAAAGUCAUGAUGAGUGCCUCUGGGCACCAUCUGCCUGACCCCGUUGUCUUCUUCGAAAAAAGAUCCGGCCCUUAUCGUUGCGCCCUUGACCUCUGGGCACAUUGCGGCGAUUACUUUGAUCUAACUGAGAUGAAAGGUGACGUCGAACCGGCCACGCUUGAUAUCAUGGCUGCGGAGCCUAUCCAAUAUGUUCAUGCCGACCUUCGCAUCUACAAUAUCAUUGUUCAUGAUGGCCACCUCUCGGGGAUCAUCGAUUGGGAGGACUCUGGCUGGUUUCCUUCCUCGUGGCAAGUGCAUACUCUGCGCUGGCCGCGAUUUGGGUGUUAUGGGCCCUGGUUGCAAUACUGGCUCAGGUAUCAUUUCUCCGAGGAGGCGGAAGCUGCAUACGCCGCGUCGAAGACGUUCUUAAUAAAGUCUCCCGUCUGAGGUCAGCAGAUUCGUGGAGUAUAGUAGGCCUUCACCUUCGAUUGCAUCCUGUCGCAAGGUGCAAACAAGGACAAUGUGUUGUGGCCCCAGCACUCUAUUCAGUCUUUUGUUCUCUAUAGGUGGCAAUAUUACUGUAUCUUUAUGACCGUUUCGUCCAAGCGGGGGGCAGUUCAAGAAGUUCUGAGAUCAACCCCCAGAAGUUUGCCCAGGACCCCGUAAACUGAAGGGGGACUCUGGGAUACUCAAAAUUGAAAGUUGAAGAGCUAAAAGUUUCUAAACAGUUGUCAUGCACCACAUGUGUUUGACUCCUUGUUGGUGCGGCUUUCUCAAUGUAUUUCUGUAGCUUUCUAUAGAAUAAAGAAGGGUAUGUAUUCUGCGUAGCAUACCAUUGCAUGAUAAUAAAUAAGUACUACUUUCUUUUUG